UCUGCCUCUCUCUGCCCUGAUAUUUGUGCCGGAAGGAAAGUAAAAAGAUUCAGAGGACAAAGGCAAAAAAAAUGGAACCUAAAAUCCCCAAAAAAUCAUCCAAACGGUUUUUGUUUGACAAACGUUACGGCUAUGUAUAUGAUGAAUGGAGACAACCUUCAGAAGUUGCUCUUGCCUAUGGCCGUGGAAUGUUUUGCAUUGUGCCUAUUGGGAAAGCUUUGUUCUCAAUGCUUUCGAAAUCGGUGAACCUUGCAGCAAGCCGAACCAUUGAAGCUCUUGAGCAACCUGAACGCAUUUCACCUCAAUCACUUCAAGCUAGUUUCAACGACCAGCUUCACCAAGUGAAGUUUUCUAUUAAGAAUUCACAAUCCAAUAUCUUUAGUCUAAAUAAGAUUUCACCUCCACCUGCCAAAAUGUAUGAAUAGCACUUAUGUCUCCCACCUGUAAUACAUGCUUCCCUAAUGACUAUGUUUGCUCGGAUGGAUAUUUCUGUAAAAAUGCAGGGGCUUGUGGAUUAUUUUCUUUUGAGCAUGCUUUUGAUUCGAUCCUAGUAUUAGUUAUAGGUGAAAAACCUUGCGAGUGGUCUAUAAACUAGUUUGUUUUGUAAUGCAAUGUAAGCAUGUGUCAAAA